AUGUAUUUCAACGAGUACAAUGUUUAUCUAGGACAGGAGAUGCUAAACACACAGCUCAUGUGGAUGGGAUCCACCAUGUCCAUUGACACACCCGAAUCACCCAGCGGGCCAUUGAGAAGUGUGCAAGAUGUUUCAAUCCAAAGCCCUGAUGUAGCGGGCGAUGAGACAGGUGGACUUACCGUGUUCAAGACAUUUCAGGCGCAGAUCUUGAUGGCCAACAUUGCCAGUGACACCAGCAGCAGUCAGGAUGUGGGGCACCUUUCUUUGAAGAAAAGAGAACUUGUUUGCAGCCUAAAGAAGGUGAUAAACAAGUAUCUUCGCCGUCAUUGUGAAGGGGGGCAUCCAACAACUGACCUUUUAUGCGAGCACAUCUAUGCGGCACUUGAGGGUGCAUUGUUGGGUAUGGAAGUGGAUGACAUUAUGUCAAAGCAUUACUCCAAGGGUGCAGAGAAGCCCAGAACAAAUGACAACAGAGAUGUAUGGCGCACAGCACAUUUGGAACGGCAUGAAGCACGGAUCAUUUUCCCUCAGAAUGAUUCCAAGCGCAAAACCAUGUUUGUUGAUUGGUGGGCAAGUAGACACCCUUGCUGGAAUGCCAGGAAGAUAUCCAACAGAGUACAUAACAACUAUAUUAACAUUAAAAUCAGAAAGAAAGUGCAGGAGAUGAAAGGACAUGCCUAA